GCGCUGGGCUUUCUUAAUUCCGCCACUAUCCACCGUGGCUCCAUGUGCAAUUCUAAACUAGCGCCUUCAAGUCAGCUGAACUGAGCUGAGGCCAUCGUCCCUCACACUCGUGACUCAAACUAACUUCCCGUAGUUUGUAUAAGUCGGGAUGAGUGGGUUUUGUAGCCAAGAUUGAACACUGGCAAUAUUCUGAGUGUAGGGCGGACAACGGCCAUUAUCCAGCAGCGAGCUGAGUCCCGCUCAUCCUACAUUCCUCUCGUAAUACACGGUAUGGACUGCUGGGGAGAUACUGCCACCAGUUCGAGGCUCCUGGAUUCGACAAUGACCCAGUCAAUCACCACAUUAGAUGGGCCAUCCUUCGUGAGCUACAAGCUCGAAUUCUAUUUUUUUUUCUGCGUUUUACCCAUCGUCCCUGCUUGUGGGGCGCAUGGCCGUGUCGCGUGCAGAGUUACACGUUCCAACUGGAACCAGACCUUCCGGCGAGUUUUAUCCUACGUAUUCGACUAUAUCUUCGGCACCUUAGGGGCGGUUUCAAUGCGCAUGAAGAAACGAGCAAGGCGUAGGAUACGAACUUUGGUAAAUCUCUUGACAGUCUAACCAUCUGUAGUGAGAUGAAGUGGUUGGAAGAUGCUGUCUGAUUGUCUUGGUUCUAACUGAAAGAAGGCCGGGUUUAUAUAAACCUUUGACGGCCUGAAGACUGGGUCCCAGGUGGGCACCCAGGGCAGGGCGAUGAGGGUCUAGGUUGCGAGCCAGGAGGGCCUAUGUUGCGAGCCAGGAUGGCCAGCUGUAUGGCUUGACAUCGCCACAUUCAUGCCACACAAUCUUGGUUCCUAGAUUAUCGAGAUAACUGGUAUUGCCCACCAAUGCUAAGAGUCGAUAAUUUUUAUUGGCGCACAGCGAGCAGAAACUAGUCCUGGUUACGGUUGUACUGUUUGUUGUCGCUAUAUCCCCGGAGCUAUAUCCCCGGCGUUGGAGGAAGCUAUCCAACACCUGGGAAGCUGGCAAUGUACUCAAUUUCACUCUCACGAGACGUCUAAUUUGCACUGGCAUCGGCUCGCAGUACUAGAUUCCGGGUCCCGAGCGGAAAAUAGCACGCCUCGGAUGGAGCCGGCCAACCGUGUUGCCGAAUUGGGCGAUUCUAGACGACAGGCCCCGGCAUUAGCCAGAUUGCCCC